AUGGCAGACGAAGUUACUGCCCACCGGCAUCAUUCUUCGAAGAACAAAGCUUCCGAGCCCGAUUCACCUGCGGAAUUUCCCGGUAUCGAAGAGGGCAAGCAAUAUUCAGCAAACGGGGCACUGGAAGCUCUGGGAUACGAACCUGAACUCGUUCGAAACCGCUCCACGCUUCAGGUAGCUUUCAUGUCCUUUGUACUGGCAGCAAUCCCAUAUGGACUGGCUACAACUUUCACCUACCCUCUUAUUGGGGGAGGCCCUGUCAACAUAAUUUGGGGAUGGCUUGCCGUCUCUUUAAUUACUCUAUGUGUGGCCGCCUCACUUGGCGAAAUAACCUCGGUCUAUCCAACUGCCGGAGGGGUCUACUACCAGACUUUUAUGUUAUCCCCACCGUCAUAUCGAAGAAUCGCCUCGUGGAUUUGCGGAUGGUCAUAUGUCAUUGGGAAUAUCACUAUCACACUUGCAGUUAACCUUGGGAGCACUCUUUUCUUCAUCUCAUGUAUCAACGUUUUCGAGUCCGCUCCAGGGAUCGGAAUCUUCCAAGCGGAAACAUAUCAAGUUUUUCUUAUAUUCCUCGCAGUCACACUCUUUGCUAACGCAGUAUCGGCUUUUGGUAACAAAUGGCUACCUUAUCUUGACACAUUCGCAAUAUUCUGGACGCUUGCAGGAUUGUUGGCUAUUGUGAUAUGUGUUCUUGCAAUUGCGAAAGAGGGCAGACAUGACGCCGAAUAUGUUUUUACUAGUUUUGAGCCCGAGUCUGGUUGGCCAGCAGGCUGGUCCUUCUGCGUCGGACUUCUACAGGCAGCUUAUAGCACUUCCUCCACUGGCAUGGUGAUUUGUAUGUGUGAAGAAGUCCAGCAUCCAUCAACACAGGUCCCAAAAGCAAUGGUUGGAACGGUCAUUAUUAACACCCUGGCCGGUUUCCUCUUCCUUAUUCCAUUGGUUUUUGUGCUCCCCGACACAAAAAUUUUAGCCGCUCUUGAAUCCGGCCAGCCAGUUCCGAGUAUUAUCAAGUCUGCUAUUGGAAGUCCAGUUGGGUCAUUCCUACUUCUCCUACCAUUAAUAGUGCUCUCUCUGUUUUGUGUCAUAGGCUGCACCACUGCUGUCUCCCGAAGCACAUGGGCGUUUGCUCGCGACGGGGGUAUACCAGGCUCCAUAUGGUGGAGGCAGGUAAACAGAGAUGGCGUACCUUUCAAUGCUAUGAUGCUUGGCAUGGUGGUUCAAAUAUUGCUCGGAUUUAUCUACUUCGGGUCAAGUACUGCAUUCAAUGCUUUCACUGGCGUUGGAGUCAUUACCUUGACUGUCAGCUAUGCCUGUCCAAUUGUCGUGUCUCUUGCUGGAGGUCGACGACACAUAAAGAAUGGUCAAUUUGACCUUGGCACACUCGGACUAGCUUGCAAUAUUGUGGCACUGGGAUGGAGUAUUCUUGUCAUUCCAUUAUUUUGUAUGCCUUCUUCAAUCCCUGUCGCUGCAGAUACGGUCAACUAUGCACCAGUGGUGUUUGUUGCGUUUAUACUAAUUGCCUCUGGUUGGUACUGGGCUUGGGGUGUGGCCGAUUCUACCGAUAUUGAGAGAUGUUCACAAUGUCGACAAGCCUUCACUGAUGCAUUUUGUAUGCCUCAUUUUUGGUGGUCAUAUUUUUUCCGUCAGGGGAAUGGCAACUUUGGAUGUGAAAGGACGCGAGAUUCCGGUGUCACCACUGGUUUCAAUACCUGGUCGAAAUUCGCCGUGAAAAAGGUAGACCCUGAUACCAAGUUCAAAUGGUAUCAUACGAAUAUUUUCACACGAUGGCUGCCCUCAACUAAUCAAACUGUGGUCCUCGCCUUUGAUCUCGACCCGGCUGUCAAAGAACGUUUCCUGAGAGCAGUGAUGAAACCGAAUGAAAGCUGGCUCAACGAUCCAUUCUGGAUUUAUCCAUAUCUAGUCGAGCAGGUUGCGCUGAUGGAGGAGCCCUCUGUAUGGGCUAUUCGAGAUCAUGUCCGACUGACGGAGACGGAAGGAAAACCAGAAGGGAGACCACAGCCCGACUACAGGCGACUCCACGACAUCGCUCGACAUGCUAUUCAUGUGAACGAGACGCUCGACAUUGCCUUGCAAAAUGUGGAGCACGUCUUGAUCCAACACGAGAGCUAUACAAAUUCGAACCCAGAUAAUGACUCUGCUGCUUCCGAAGGCAUCCACUUUCGUCUGCGAUCCUGGCAGUCUUUCAUUGCCAACUUACGAUCCCGGUCUAUUUCAAAUGAGAAGAGACUGCAAAAUGAAAUCCAAUUGGCCUUUAAUACUGUGGCUCAGCAUGAUGCCAGUGUUACCCUUGAAAUUGGUCGAGCAACUCAAUUGGAUAGUGCCACGAUGAAAACGAUCGCGUUUGUUACACUUACGUUCCUCCCUCCUACUUUCAUCUGCGCUAUCUUCAGCAUGUCAUUUUUUGAUUUCGGCGGGGACUCUGGCUGGACUAUGUCCAACAAGUUCUGGAUUUACUGGGUCUUCGCUAUACCAACCACUGUUUUUACAACUCUAGUAUGGACUUAUUGGCCGAAUGUCCGUCGCAUAUUGUUUUCCAACAAUGAAUAA